GGGAAAUCAUUACAAAGUAAUAGUUUUAGUAAUAUACUAGAUAGGUUUAGCCACUGAGCAACUGUUUUUCAAUACUAUCGGGCUUUUUAGGAUGUGAAGAGGAUCUUGAUGUAUCUCUGAAACGAUUCCUGAGAGAUGUUCAAGACAUAUACUCAAGAAUUUCGGUUCAUUUUAAUAACUCAAAGGCAAAUUAUGAGGAACUCUUGAAAGUUUGGUCUUAAAACUGCCAAAUUUCUCUUAGAAAAUGGUAGAUAUCAGAAAUUUAAUCUAGACAUUACUCUGGGGUCUUCUAAGGAGAUAAAAUACUUUCUAAAAUUUCUUGAGAAAGUUCAGAGUCCAGCAAAUGUAGUUUUUAGAAGAAUAAUGUUGAAGGUCUCAGCUCCAGAAUUCAGUUCAGAGUUAUACAACUCAGUGUAUUUUCUGAUGACUGAGAAAGGCAUUGACACCCGUCAAAUCGAAUUCGAUUUUGGGCCUCUCUCCCUAGAUUUGGGUAAAUGGGAUUCUGACUUGAAGCUGGAGUUUACGAAGAAUCUGAACAAACCUUGGACUUUAUGCAUGUUGCAAAAAUUUAGAAGGGUUGGCUGAGUCGAAUGUCAGCCAGGUAAGGAGUUGGAAACUUGUUAAAGUCUGGCGUGGAGGUUAGUGAGCUGGUAUUGCUCAUGACUGUUCAAGUAGGUGAGGGAACUGUUAUAUUUGAUAUUGAUCAGGUUAGUGUAAUUGAGUAUGAUUCUUAUGAUUGUGACGAAGAAGAGCCUAAAGAAAAUAUUCAGAAAUCAUUGAACUCAGUUAAUAAAUUAACCAUCAAACCUGAGAUUACAGUUCCUGAAGACGCGUUUAAAGAUCUUGAUACAUACACUAUCAAUGACUUGCUUCCAAUAUUUCCAUAUCUUAAUACAAUUGAGUAUCAUCUUCCUCCAACAAUUCCUUUAAAUAUCCUGACAUCCCCAUUGUUUCAAACUCAGACAUCUUUCUUCACAGUUGAAAGUCAUCCAAGUGAAAACUAUAUUGUGUUGAGAAAUCCAAAGUUUUACUAUUUUUCACCUGAAUGCGACUAUUUUAAUUUCACCUGCAACCUGUUUUUGCAAAUCAAGCAGGAAAUUGUAGAAGAAGCAGGCGUUUAUAGGCGGUUGAGGAAGCCUUUUCAACAGUUAUUUGUAGCAAACCUGGGGGACUCAGAUAUCAUGAAAUUGACUCACUUGGAAGCGAGAGAUUCGAAAACAUUAGCUCUAUUGGAAACCUUGAUUGUGCUGAUUUUAAACUUGCUAGAGGAAGAUACCUGAGCAGAUACAAGAAGACUAAAUAAAUGGGCCCAGAGAAGCCUCUUCUUCCAAGAGAAUUGAUUCGAAAAGAUCAGCGGAAUCGACUGACUUUAUAGAUACUGACCCCAAUACUGUUCCCAAAUUGAGCUUCACAUUGGUAAAAGCGAGCACUUAAAUGAUGAAAUUAGAAAAAUGAGUGUUCUUACACAAGUCAAAGGAAUCGAAAAGCUUACUGUUGAGCUAAGUAUCUCUCAAAAGAAUUGGAAAACAAUUCUCGAAGUCUUCAAGUAUGAAAUAGCACAUCUGAUAAUAGUAUCAACAAAGCUAGAUAUCAAAUAAAACUGCUAUUGGGCUUCGGAAAGCCCUGACGGAGAGUGUGCUGGGUCUUACCUUUCUCAACCGGUUAAAGAUUCAGUUCGUUGAAGAUGGAGACUCUUAUGUAUAUCAAAGAAAAACAACAUCAAAGAACCCAUGAGAAUGUUCAAAAGCAAAGCUUGACCAGAUAAAUAAGCUAGCUUUAGCAAAACUUCUGAAGAAAACAUUACUGAUUUGUAACUUCGCCAAGAUUGGAGAAAGCUUUUGGAAAUAUCUGGAUGUAGUUGACCAGUAAGAACUCAAAUUACUAAGGAUUUAAAGGGUUAACACAAAUUAGAAGUCAA